AUGCCCCUGGGGCUGCGCGCGCGGAGGAAGGCCCGGGGCGCGGAGGCCGCGCGGCUGGUGCCCGGCGAGGCGGGCGAGGGCGGCGGCGCGCUCCCCGCGGGCCCGGCGCCCGCCCCGGCCCCGGCCCCGGCCGCGGCGCCCGCGCGCAGGCUGGUGUUCCACGCGCAGCUGGCGCACGGCAGCGCCACGGGCCGCGUGCAGGAGUUCGCGAGCAUCCGCGAGCUGUACGCCCAGAUCGCGCGCGUGUUCGAGAUCCCGCCGACCGAGAUCUUAUUUUGUACUCUAAACACACCCAAAAUCGACAUGGGAAAACUCCUAGGUGGGCAGCUGGGCCUUGAGGAUUUCAUAUUUGCCCACGUGAAAGGAAUCAGAAAGGAAGUGAACGUCUACAAGUCCGAGGAUGCGCUUGGGCUCACCAUCACAGACAACGGGGUUGGCUAUGCUUUCAUCAAGCGAAUUAAAGAUGGUAGCACUAUCGACUCAGUUAAAACCAUCUGUGUGGGAGAUCAUAUCGAGUCCAUAAACGGAGAAAACAUUGUUGGGUGGCGUCACUAUGAAGUUGCUAAGAGGCUUAAGGAAUUGAAAAAAGAAGAAGUCUUUACCUUGAAGUUAGUAGAACCAAAGAAGGCAUUUGAAAUAGGACCAAGGUCCAAAGCUGGAAAGUCAUCAACAGAGAAGAUCGGUACUUCAAGAGGGACACUCCGUUUGAGGGCAAAGGGUCCUGCUACGGUGGAAGAAGUGCCCUCAGAAGCCAAAGCCAAGGCAAUCGAAAAGGUUGAUGACCUUCUUGAACUGUACAUGGGAAUUCGAGAUAUUGACCUAGCUACCACAAUGUUCGAAGCGGGAAAGGACAAAAGAAAUCCAGACGAAUUUGCAGUGGCCCUUGAUGAAACUCUUGGAGACUUUGCCUUUCCAGACGAGUUUGUCUUCGAUGUUUGGGGAGCCAUCGGUGAUGCCAGACAUGGCUGACGGUGUGGGGUGCACCGGCGGCUCUGCAGACACAAAUCACCCAUAUUCUUUUCAAAGAAACCCUUCUAAGAGCUCUUACGUACCUUGAUGGACUCUGAUUUAGCUUUACAUGUAUGAAAUACAUUCUUUGAAACAUAAUUUUGAUUUCUGUGUACUUUUUAAAUGUAGUUGGCUUGUGUAGCAUGCUCAAGAUGGAUGACCUAAAAUAUAAUCAAUUUUAAUAUUUGUUUAAAUGCUUUUAAACUUAAGUUUUAAGAAGUAUUUUCACACAGCUAGUUUUGUUGUAUGCUAACCUUGAUUCUUCAUUUUCUUCAUUAAAUAGUUGAUUACAAUAGCUUUGUAGUUUUUUUCAAAAUCUUUAAUAUAAUGAAGAUUAGGAUUGGAGUUUGAUUUACCUUGUAUUAUCUUUGUUUGUUACUCUAAUGAGUAGGGUAUGUUCAGAAAAUGAAAUGUGAAUAAUUCUCACCAUGGGCCUACAAUCAUUUCUUUUUUAUACUUUGGCCCUUUUUUUUUUUUUUAUUGACGACUUCCAUACUUACUGACAAUAAACCAUGAUAAUUUCCUCCACUCCCCCACUUUCCCCUUCAGAAAUCCACUC